AGGAAGGCAGAUGUGCUGCAAGUUCUCAUUGAAUUUUAAUGGUGUUUUUGCUUCUUUUUUUUUUGUAUCAAACUUUUUCAACUCUGAAGGUUGGACGUUUAUCCUCGGAGGACGAUACUGUAACUUUUCGCCAUAUCACCAGGCGAGGUUGCUUUAGGAAUUACUACGUUUAAUGUGCCAAAUGUCGUGUGCUUUGGUGGUUUUAUUAAGCGCUGGAGUUUAGCUGAUUGUUGCUGAGGGUGAGAGUGAUGGUGAUGGUGAUGGUGAGGAUGUUGAUGUUGGUGGUCAGACUGUGUUGCAGGAAAAGAAAUAACGACCACCAGAUUGCUUUUCACGUUUUUAAUUUAGAUGCCAUUUCCUGUUUUUAGAAAGAAAGCGGCGAUGCAUUUUUAAAGAUUUUGUAUAUAUUUUUAGACUUUAUGUAGACUGUGGUUUUUUGGUUUUUUUUUUUUUUUUUUUCCUUUCUGGAAGAAAAUGGUGAUAUUUGCGGUUAAUUUCCCCGCCGCGGCUCCCUCGUCGGUGUUACUUCUAGGAUUUGGAUCCCGGUGAGAAAAGAUGAGCGAAGAAUCGGGAAAUCCAAACAACGAUGAUAGUUAUGCACGCGUGCGAGCAGUGGUGAUGACCCGAGAUGACUCAAGUGGUGGAUGGCUGCCGUGGGGAGGGGGUGGACUCAGCUGUGUUACGGUCUACAAAGUCAGUCGUCAGGAAGAAAAUGGCUGCACCGACUUUCUUAUCCAUGGAGAGAGACUAAAGGACAAAACAGUGGUUUUGGAGUGUAUAUUGAAGAAGGACCUGGUAUACAACAAGGUGACUCCAAUAUUUCACCACUGGAGGAUCAGUGACAAAAAGUUUGGACUCACUUUUCAGAGUCCUGCUGAUGCAAGAGCGUUCGACAGAGGCAUUCGCAGAGCCAUCGAGGAUAUCCACCAAGGUUGCCCAACAUCAUACGAUGAACCAGAAACUGAUGAAGAUGGCUUACAAGCAAACCAAGAAUAUACUUCUAACAAUACCCCAACAAAAGAGCCAUUCUCUCGACACAACAGUGUAGUGACCAGUGAGCCCUGUAGAAGCUGCUAUGUCAGAGCCCAGCCAUUUGAGGAGUUUAAUUCUUCCCGGAGACUUUAUUUUCCUCCCCAUCAAAACCAGGUCUUAUUCAAGUCGACGCGACACGUUAGCUUUCAAGAUGAAGAUGAAAUAGUUCGAAUAAACCCUCGAAAGGAUGUUUUAAUUCGAGGCUACGAGGAUUAUCGUCAUCCUAUUAUGUGUAAAAAUGACUUGGAAAGGGAGGACACAGAUUCUAGUAUUCCGUUUUCCAAACCAGACUCUAAAAAUUCUGAAUACCUUUAUCCCUGCAGUGAUGGAACUGAAUCCAACCCAGUCAAAGACUCCAAGAGUUCGGUGGUGUUUAAAACCCAGCCUUCUCCACUACUGAAACCGAAGAAGUCAAGACGGAGGAAGGAGGACGGGGAGCGCUCACGCUGUAUAUACUGCAGAGAAAUGUUUAACCAUGAGGAUAACUGGAGAGGACAGUGCCAGGAUGCCCCAGAUCCCAUAAAGAGAUGCAUUUAUAAAGUGAGCUGCAUGCUUUGUGCGGAGAGCAUGCUCUACCACUGCAUGUCGGAUUCAGAGGGUGAUUUCUCAGACCCUUGCUCAUGCGACACUAGUGAUGACAAAUUCUGCCUGCGAUGGCUAGCACUUCUAGCCUUGUCUUUUAUUGCACCCUGUAUGUGCUGCUACCUUCCCCUAAGGGUAUGUCACCACUGCGGUGAGGCAUGUAGGUGCUGUGGAGGGAAGCACAAAGCAGCUGGAUGAAAGAAAAGCCUGCAUAAAAGGAAGCGGAGCUUAACAUCUUUUUAUCUCCAGGAAGCAUCUAUCUUGGGUCUUUUGGAGAUUUGUUUUGGCCAGCAGAACCGGAUUACCGUCUGCGCAAGGAGCCGUGUUAUAAAGCUUGAUCAGAGGAAGCAGUUGAGAUUUCAGACGUGGAGAUUACUAAACAAGGCCACCAUGCUUAACUUCGUUCAAACGCAUAGUGUAACUUGCGAAGGAGGUUUUGGGUUUUUUUUUUGUGAAGAAAGCAAUUUAUUGCUUUCUCAGCUACAUGCGGGGAGUAUACAGUAUGAUUUAUGCUAAAGGGAUUGUUCUUGCUUAAUUUUUUUUUUUGUAUAUUUGCAAUUGGGUAACUGGGGCCACCUUUCAUUACUAAAGCAUUUACUGACAAUGUAAUUAUUAGACCUAAAAUACACUUUGACGGUGGGUUUCAUUUUAAAGAUCAACUAACAGUGGUGAGUGCAACUUAAUCUCUUGCUUUGCAGUGAGAUGUUCUAUGGUGGACUUUUUUUUGUGUCAAAAGAACGACGCCAUAUAAUUUAACAAAAAUCAAGGAUAGAUUUUGAUAUUGUUUUUCUGUAAGCCACUUCAUUUUAUUUAUUUAUUUUUACUGUCCCCUCCACAUUCCAUAUCAGUAUAUUUUAUUCCACUUGUAGAAUAAAACAUUCUUAUUUAUGUUACUUUCCAUUUUUGGUGAAAAUAUAUAUAUAUAUAUAUAUACACACACACACAUUGAAGUAUUGUUAUUGUUAUAUUCUAAAAAGGUGAUGACCAAUAUUUUCUUCACACACAUGUAGACUAAAUCCAACUCCUUUAUUUCUGUUAAGAAAAACUGUAUUAAGAUUUAAGAUAUUCAUCAGUUGUGACAA